AUCUGCCACUCGAGGAACGACAUCGUUUAGAGAAACGCUGAAGCUCUGUCCUGUCUGGUAACACUGAAACAUAACUAACUUCCAACGCAUAACCGCCGAUCUGGAUCUCACGAACCCUAACAAUGUCGGUCGAAAUUCCGUACGAUCUAAUCAAACAAGUACAGUUCGCAGUUCUCAAAGAAGCCAAACUCUCCUCAUACGAUCCAGACGACGUGUCGAUUCCUAAGUUACCGUCCUUUGAAUCUUCCAUUUCUGAGCUUGACCCAUCUCCGCCGUGUCUCCGAUGCAGGCAUUGCAAGGGAAGACUGCUCAGAGGUGUAAUGUCUUUAAUAUGCGUGUUUUGCGGCAAAGAACAAGUUCAAGAAGAAACGGCACCUGAGCCUCUUAAUUUCAAGUCCACGUUUGGCUGCAGUUGGUUACUUCAAUCCCUUGGCUUAGAUGGAUCUGAGAUUGCUGGGGUGCCUGUUAAAGCAAAUGAACUAAACAGAGGACAGCGUACAGGACAGGAAGAGUUUCCAUUGUCGGAUACUCUAGAUUUAGAAAUUAAAUGGCAGCCUGAUUUGGAAAAAGUUGAGAGUGAGAGUGAUAAAAAUCCUUUGCAUUUAGUUGGUAUCAAUCUUGACAACUUUUUCACUGAAGGGGACAAAGACAUUGUCUCAGAACAGCAGGUGGUGGAAGACGAAAAUGAUGAUGCUAGUGGAGAUCAUGAUUUUCAAGUUCGGGAUUGUCAUAGUUCUUUUGAGAAUGUUAAGCAUUUUGAGCCAGCUGUGAGGUCUACAGAGGAUGUGAGUGGUGGUGACUCAUUUGAAGGUUGGGAGGCUACCUUCCUAUCUGCUGAUGAUGGAAAUACUAAUGAGGAAUCUAAAUUGGAUUAUCCUGUUGUGGGGUUGUCAGUAGAUCUUUCUGCCCACAUGGAUGCAGUGUUUGGAUCUGAAAAUAUUGGUUCUUCUGCAACCAAAACUAAUGACUGGCUUCAAGAUGAUCUAUGGCAUAGUUCCAACUCUGGGAAAUCAAGCAAAUCAAACCAGGUUGAUGUGACUGCAACUACGGGCGAUUUUGGAAUGGGGGAGAAUGUGAAUAAUUCUUCUUCCACGAGUAUUAAUUUUAUUCAAGAUGCCCAAUGGAAAAGUGAAAGCAACAUUGCACCUGAUAACAAAAUCAUUCAUGACGAAGAUGAUUCAUUUGAUGCUUGGAAUGAUUUUGCUGGCUCGACAACUUUGGAAAAUCCUACUAAUAUUGGUGAGGCCAAGCAGUUUAAAGUGACUGCAGUUGUUGAAGAUGGCGGAGAAGUGGAGAAAGCAAAUAAUUUGUCCUCUGGAGGUGUUGAUUUGGUUCAAGGCGAUCAACUGCAAACUGAUAACAAUGAAAUACAUGAUAAUAAAGUCAUUAAUGAUGAAGAUGAUCCAUUCAAUGCUUGGAAUGAUUUUGCAAGCUCAAAUAGUGUACAAGAUACAUAUAACAUACAAACUGGCCCGGCCAAGCAGUUUGAAGUGAAUGCAAAUAUUAAGGAUGGCGAAAUGGAAAUGGUUAACAAUUCUUCUUCCAUUAAUGUUGAUUGGUUACAAGAUGAUCAAUGGCAAACCACCAGUAAGAAAGCACCUGAUAAUAAAAAUGCUGAUGUGGAUGAUGAUCUCUUUGAUGCUUGGAAUGAUUUUGCGAGCUCAACUAGUGCACAAGAUACUUUGAAGAAACAAUCAGGUCAGGCCAUGCAGUUUGAAGUGACUACAACUACCAAGGAUGAUGAAAUGGUGGGAAAUGCCAAUAAUUCCACAAGUAUUGCUUGGAUUCAAGAUGAUCAUUGGCCAAUUAGCAGCACCAAGACUCUUGAUGGUAAAAUCAUCGGUCAAGGCAUUGAUUUAUUUGAUACUUGGAAUGAUUUUAGAGGCUCAACAAGCAUGCAAGAUGUUCCUAAUCAACAAACUGAUCCAGCCAAACAGUCUGAAAUCACAGCAAAUGUUAAGGAGGUGAAUAAUUCUUUUUUUGAUUGGUUUCAAUUUGAUCAAGGGCAAACCAACAGGAACAAGGCCCCUGGUGACAAAACUACUGAGGAAGACUCUGAUUCAUUUAAUGCUUGGAAUGUGUUUACAAGCUCAACUAGUGCUCAGGAUCCUUUCGUUAAAGAAUCUGUUAAUCAUGUGGCAUCAUCUAUUGAGCAGACUUCAGAGGUCAAGUUUAUAGGAAGUAACAACAAUUUGAAUGAUGAUUUUGGUAGUUUUACUCAAGCACAUUUCAUUUCAGGCACACUCAGUGAUCAAAAUGGUUCUAAAGAUGUUAAUUUUAUACAGUCACAGCCUUCUGUCUCAAAAGGCAUGCUUGAUGUUAAUGCAACAACUGGCGGAAAUGCUGGAGAAGCUGCAAAAAGUGAAAAUGUUUCGAAUACAACCACUAAGUCAACAACUAAUGAUGUAGAGAUGCUAAUGUCAAAGAUGCAUGACUUAUCAUUCAUGCUUGCUAGUAAUCUCUCGGUUCCAUCAAAACAAGAUGAAUUUGGUUCAUUUUCUAAACAUUGAGACAUUUUCUUUUACUUCAGUUAAUCAGUAUAUAUUAUUCGACGUCUACUCUGUGUUCUAUGCUGUUUGAUCCAUAUUCCAGUAUUCCUUUAUGUAUUAAAGUCAGCAUAUGCCUUCA